UUUCUUUUCUUUUUUACUUUUCUUUUUUCUUUUUUUCCUUUCUUUUUUCCUAUUUAUUAAUUAACCAACUGAAUUAUAAAGUCGUUAAUCAAUAAUCCUAACAAAAAUCAUAACUUUUUUGUUGAAAAAUCUAUAUAUGUAUAUUCCGAUCAUUUAAUACUUUUCCUUUUUUAAAAAGUCCUUCAAAUAAAAUGAUCGUCUUCCCUCGGGCAUUAGUGUAUGGCAAUUUAUGCACUUAUAAUACAUAUAUGUAUAUAUGUAGAAUAACUGUCACACAAAAAAAAAUUGUAUUAAAUUUGUCCUGUUGAACCCGUAUUCAUAAAGACACUUUUUUCUUUCUCUACUCUAAUUAAUUUAUUACUAUUUUUGUUCAUUUUAUUCUUUAUAUAUUGAACUUUUUUUAAAAAACAAAAACUUUCCUUUUCAUCCGUAUAUAAUAUUUAAUUUCACAUGUCUAAUUCAAUUAAUACAUCUUUUGGAGCUUCUAAAUCGCCGCCUUCUCCUAUUCCUAAAUCACCGAUAAUGCCUUCACAAAUGGCAAAUUAUCUACCAUAUAAUAAUAAGCCAAAACUUGGUCCAAUAACUGAUCUUAUUGAAACCGAAGAAGAAUACUUGGAUGAUUUACAAUGCUUGCUUCAACAAGUUGCAAGUAAUUGGGAUCGUGAUAAUCCUCCACCACAAGAAUUAGAAGCUAUGCUUAAUAUUCUUGGCGAAAUUUAUCAUCAUAAUAACAAUUUUUGUUCGAAACUAAAGCAAAUUGGGACUGAUCUUUUAUCGGCAAAAGAGCUUGGUGAUACUCUAAUAUCAUGGAUUAAAGUAAUGGAAGGAUCAUAUUCUGCAUAUUGUCAGAAUUAUAUGCGAGGUGUUGAUUUAUGGCCUGAAAUUGAUAAUAAUUUAAGUUUACAACAAACUUUGAAUGCUAUUUCUGCACAAAAGAAUAAACCAGUUACCUUAGAUUUCCUCUUUGAUGCACCUCUCAAGAGAAUUCAUUAUUACAAAAAAUUUUAUAUGCGUAUCCUUAAAAGUUCGGAACCUGGACGUUCAGAUUAUAAUAUAUUGGCAGCUGCAAAUAAACGUAUUGAUUAUCUAAUUGAAUUAGAAAAGAAUGCAAAAGAGAAUAAUAAGCGAAGAGAAAAUGAUCCCUUGUUAGUUCCACAACCUGUGAUGCAUACUUUUAUUUCAUCAACUAAUUCACAAGGAAAUAAUAUUACCGUCCCUGAAAUGAAAAAUCCAAAGACUGCUGUAAAUGUCAAUAUCCUUGAAUUAGAAAGGCAAGCAAGAGAGAUGAAUAAUACAGAAGAAGAUAUUAUUCCCUUACCGGUUCCACAAUCUGUAGUGCACACUUUUAUUUCACCUGUUAAUACACAAGGAAAUAAUAUUAUUGUCUCCGACAUAAAAAGUCAAAAAAGUCAAAAUACUGUCAUUAGAUUUACUUUGCCGGAACUUGAAAAUCAAAUUGAUACUUCAAGAGUUAUGGAUUUAUUCACAAAACAACCAAAGAAAUUAAAUAUUCAACUUUUGCCUCCUAAUCUUCCAUUUAAGAGAGAGAUAAUACUUAAUAGUGAUUUUAUAGUUAUACUUCCUGAUGGAGAUGGGUCAGAUAAUCAUAGAGCUCAUACAAAUGCUCAUUUAAUUUUAUUUACUGAUCUAUUGAUAAUCUGCCAACGAUUAACACCGGAGGAAAAAAAAUCAAAUCCUACGAAGGAAUUUUGGCUUCUAUAUCCACCAUUAAGUGCGAGACAUUUAACACUUAAUGAUAUUCAUGAUGACAAAGAAGAGUUGAUGAAUUUAGUGGUUUUGGAAAAAGAAUCUAUGGUGAUAUUUGCAGAUAAUAAAAAUAUAAAGGAGGCAUGGAUUAAAGAAGUUAAUAAAGCGAUUGAUUUUGCGAAAAAUGCAAUUGCAAAAUCUAAAAUUAAUACAAAUGUAUCGCCUAUUUUACUCAAUUCUCAACCUUCACCAUCUACACAAGAAUCGUACCAAAUGAGUCCAAAUAAAAGCAAUUCGCAGGAUUCAGGGCGAGCACUUUCACCACGGUCACCAUCAGCUGGACAAGGGAAACUGGGACUUCCAUCAAGUCCACUUUCAAAUAGUUCACCUUUAUUGCGUACGCGUUCUCCAGAGCAAAUAAGAAUUGCAAGUCCACCUUCAUUACGUACGCGUUCUCCAGAAAUAAGAAAUGCAAGUCCAUCAAAUUUUUUACCAAUAAGAGGAAUUCAAGAGCAGAUUCAAGAGCGAUCUAAUUCGGUUGAAUCAUUGGAUUCAAUUUCUAGUAUUGCAUCAUUUAUAGAAACAAUUCAACAAACACCUCCAUGUGAGGUAAGUUGCUGGGUUUUAGGUGAAUGGGUUCCUAUUACUAAAAAAGAAAAAUGCAUUGUAGAAAUAAAGAUGACAAGUUUAAAUAAGCCAUGUUGGGUAGUGUUAUUAGAAUCAAGCGAGCGUAUGGUUCUUAAUUCAUGGAUACUCUCUACAACUACAUUAUAUAGAGAUUCUAUAAAUUCACUAAGCGUAUCAUGUGAAACGGGAAAAAACACAGAAUAUUAUAAAGUGACAUUAACAAAUGUAGCGGAUGCAGAUAGAUUAUUUUCAAAUUUUCAAAAAAUGAAAAAUUAUGGAAAUAACGAGCUAGGAAUUCCACAAGUUGGAUUUAUAUCACGAUCAUCAUCAUUAAAAAAUAAUCAACAACCAUCAAAGGAGAUUGAACAAACACUGACGGAUGUUAUGGAAUCAAGAGUUAAAUUAUUUUUACAAAAUGAUCAUGGAGUUUGGACAAAUUUAGGUUGGGGAAAUAUGAAAUUAUUAUUGGAAGUUCCUUCUCAUCGUAAAAGGAUAAUUAUUCAAUCAGAAAAACAAAAAUCUAAGUUUGUUGAUGCUUUUAUUUGUGAAACGGGUGUUGCAAAAGGAAAUAAAUCUAGUGUUACUUUUAAAAUUAAUAUAGGUGAAUCUGCUAAGUUCAUCUAUAUGAUGCAAAUGAAAAGUGAAGCAAAUGCAGCAAAAGCUCUUGAAAUUAUGAGAACCGAACAAAGAACUUAAAUUAUUUAUAAUGUCUUUUAUAUAUAUUUGAUAUAGAUCUAUUGUACUUAUUUUAGAAUUGUUUUGUAAAAUUAUUUAUCAAAAAAAAAACACUUAUAAUUUAAUAUACGUUAUAGAAUUUUUAAAUACAUUUUUAUAUUUUACAUAAAGAAAAGCCUAUUUGAUUUGGGUGAAAUUUUUU